AUGCACUGGGGGCGGGGAAACGGCGCACUUCCUGCGCGGCGCGCAUUAUUCGCGCCCACCGCUUCCCCACUUUGGGCCGACGACGCCAGCAUGUGCGGGCUCGAUUUGGAGCCGCAGAAUACCUCGGGCGUCAGACCUUCGCCGCGGGGCCCGGAGGGCACGUUCCUCCAGGAUCGCCACGACGCGAGCAGCAAUGGGAACCCGCGCCUGCCUCACCUCUCCUCCGCCGGGCAGCAUCUCUACAGCCCCGCGCCGCCCCUCUCCCAUGCUGGAGUCGCCGAAUACCAGCCACCACCCUACUUUCCGCCUCCCUACCAGCAGCUGGCUUACUCGCAGGCAGCCGACCCCUACUCGCAUCUGGGAGAAGCGUACGCCGCCGCCAUCAACCCCCUGCACCAGCCGGCGCCCACCGGCAGCCAGCAGCAGGCCUGGCCGGGCCGCCAGAGCCAGGAGGGGGCUGGGCUGCCCUCGCACCACGCGCGCCCGGCCGGCUUGUUGCCCCACCUCCCCAGGCUGGACGGCGGCGCCGUGAGCGCCCGCAGGGACGCCUACCGCUGCUCGGACCUGCUGCUGCCCCACUCGCACGCUCUGGACGCCGCGGGCCUGGCCGAGAACCUGGGGCUCCACGACAUGGCGCACCAGAUGGAGGAGGUGCAGAAUGUCGACGACCAGCACCUACUUCUGCAUGAUCAGGCGGUUAUUCGCAAAGGUCCUAUUUCAAUGACGAAGAACCCCUUGAGUCUCCCUUGUCAGAAGGAGCUGGUGGAGGCUGUGAUGAAUCCCAGCGAGGUCUUCUGCUCGGUCCCUGGAAGAUUGUCCCUCCUCAGCUCUACAUCUAAAUACAAAGUGACAGUUGCCGAAGUCCAGAGGCGACUGUCCCCGCCUGAGUGCUUAAAUGCUUCGUUACUGGGAGGUGUCCUCAGAAGAGCCAAAUCUAAAAAUGGUGGCCGAUCCUUGCGGGAGAAGUUGGACAAGAUUGGGUUGAAUCUUCCAGCGGGGAGACGGAAAGCUGCCCACGUCACCCUCCUGACAUCUUUAGUAGAAGGUGAGGCUGUUCAUUUGGCUCGGGACUUUGCCUAUGUCUGUGAAGCAGAAUUUCCUAGUAAAUCCGUGGCCGAGUAUUUAACCAGACCUCAUCUCGGAGGACGCAAUGAGAUGGCAACUAGGAAGAAUAUGCUGCUGGCUGCAUACCUGAUUACCCACGGGUUUGGCAGCCAGGCCAUCUGUGCUGCUGUGUCUACCAUGCAGAACUACAUAAAAGAAGCCCUGAUGGUCAUAGACAAAUCCUACGUGAACCCCGGAGACCAGAGUCCAGCCGAUUCUAGCAAAACCCUGGAAAAGAUGGAGAAGCACAGGAAGUAAAACAGGGGUGAACAAAGGGCCGAAGAGUCUGGAAGGAAAAGGACUUCAAAACCUGGUCUCGACCAGGACAAACUGGGAACCCCGCUUGCCUGGGGGACAGCGUUUGUUAUCCACCUUCCCACGAAAAGGGCCUCCGUCGGAUUUCCCAUCUUCACGUGCCCUCCUGGAUUCCUUAGUACUUAAGGAGUGCUGAAGUGUCUCCUAAUCUCUGGACGAGCUAUCGGGAGGUGACAAGUGCUGGUUCUUUACCCAUUAAGCUGAUACUUUAGUUUUUGGAACCCCAUUCUUCCUUUCUCUGAAAGUGGUGCUACAAGUUUUGGAACCUUUUAAAUAAAUUCCCUGGGCUAACAAAAACCCACACACACAUAGCUGUUGAAAUGUCAAAUUGAUGUGAUUCAGAUCCGCUAUAACUUUCAGUGUUAAGGUAAAAGUAUUUAUGUAGCCUCUUCAGUCUCAUCCUACAUACCGCGGGAGGCAAGGAUUCUAUCCGCUUAAGAACUGGUUAAUAGGUUGGUAUUUGACACACUUUAAAUCCCUUGUUCACAGGGACCCUUCGGGUUUUACGAAACUUGUAGAAGCAAAGCCUGCUGAUGAUUUUAUGUUUUUCUUUUUAAGAAAAAAACAAAACAAAACUUUGAAAGUUAACUCUUCAAAUAGGAGGAGACUCUUUGAAAAGACAUGUUCCUUUAAGAUAUGGAAGCUUUAUUUUGCAUAUUUAUUUCACAUCUUGGUGUUUCGAGAAAACUUGAAAAGGGGUGGGCAUGAAGCAGUUUUUUUUGCUGUCUCUCAUCCCAGGUCCCAGAGGAGAAUUCUGUAUUUUGAGAAGCUGUGUUGAGUGUACAGAUUUUAUUUAUGCAUAAUUUAACGGGGUCUGUAAAUACGGGUGCACUUCUUAUCACUUUUUGAGAAAUGGGAUUCAACUUUAAUAUUAGCUUUUAAAGGUGACGGGGUAAUCUAAGACACAUCUUUAGGCUUUAUUCAUAUGUACACAGGGUAUUAA